AUGGGAUCUACAGGAUGCUUUUCGAAGCCUCCACCCGACCAGGAAGGAGUACACUUUCUUCUCGAGGCCCUAUACGAGGAGCUGGUCAAGGCUGAGGCAGCACUUAAACUCUAUCAGGAUGAUAGCAAGGAGCGGCUACAGGUCAUGACGGGGCUGCUGGUGGAGCUGGCCAGUGAAACGCCUUCGGGUUUCCUGUCGGGUUUGGUCAAAUCGAGAAAGGCAAAGACGGAAAUUAUGGAGCUGGUAUACAAGGGGGUACAGAGGAAAGGGGCGAAGGAAGUACUGCAGGCGGCUUCUGAACAUUUCAGGGAAGCGUACGCGGAGGCAGCGCCUGGUCGCACUGCGGAGCCAUGGCCGAUAGAUGAGGGAAGGAAGCUGCAGGAGACGGACAAGCUGCAGCUGGAUGCGGAGUGGUCGGAGCAAGAGGUGAAGGCAGCGCUCAGAGGCUUACCAGAGGUUCGUGGCUUCGAGUCGACGGGGGUACUCUCGGAAGCCUUUACAACCGCGGUAACCAUUCUGCUGCACAAGAAAGGAGACAGAGGCGAUUUGGGAAAUUACCGACCGAUUACAUUACUCAGUUUCUUUUAUAAGCUACUGGCGAAGGUGAUGGCGAACAGAAUGAAGCAGGUCUUACCGCGGGUCAUCUCGGACAAACAGUUCGGCUUCCUCCCGGGGAGGAGCCUAGCCGAUGCGGUCUCGCUGGUAGCGGAUGUAAUUGAUGCCGCGCAGGAGGAGGAUGAAGAUUGGCUGCUGCUGCUGCUGGAUUUCCAAAAGGCUUACGAUUAUGUGUCCCGGGGCUACCUGUUUGCGACGCUUAGUGAUAUGGGUUUCCCGGAGAAGUUUGUGCGGUGGGUGAGGGGCCUGCACGACGGCGCGCCGACCAGGAUGCUGCUGAACGGUUGGGUAGGAGAGCGUGUGGCAAUGGACAAGGGAGUGCGGCAGGGAUGCCCGCUUGCUCCAUAUCUCUUCCUUUGCGCGGUGGAGCCGCUCUGCCAGGAAAUUGGGAGGAGGAAUCUGGGUGUUCGGAAACGAGGGGUGAAGGGGGAGUUAGCCUACAUAGGAUAUGCCGACGAUACAACACUUGUCUUGAAAGGAAAGGAGCAAGUGGCUACAGCGAGUAAGCUGCUCGACGACUUUGCAGAGCUUUCGGGGCUGAGAGUGAACAGCAGCAAAACGACGCUGAUGCCGCUGGGGAAAAACAGGAGGAGACUGCUGCCGAUUGAGUCGCCCUUCACGUGGGUUGACAAAGACAAGUCGGAGCGGCUUCUGGGAAUCUGGAUAACCUCUGGUGGGUCGCCGGGUCUUGCAUGGGAUAAAGCAUUUGAAAAGGUCAGUGCGGUGCUGAGCUGCUGGGAAUCGAAACACCUCAAGACGUCGGCGCGAGUUACGAUCAUCAACAGCUAUGCGAUGCCGAUCCUGCUGUUUCAAGCGCAGAUCUAUGCCCCGCCGCACGAUAUCUGGACCAAGGUGAAGAGGCUGUGUCACAACUUCAUCUCGGGAGGAAGGGCGGUCCUCGAUAGGCAUUUCACCCUCUGGAUUUGA